AAAGACGAUUGCCGCCCUAUCGAUGACGCAGAUCCAAACAUGGCGGCAAACCGAUGACGUACCACGCUUGCACCCUGGUGCUCAACACUCGUGCGCUUGACUGAGGGACGCAGAGCGAAUGUAGUGUGCAUAUUCGGACAGGGCCGAGGACCGAGGAGACGGUAGUUGACGGUGUCUCAACGUCAUUUCCGUUUUAGCAGACUCCAAAAUGGCUACCAACGUGGAGCGAAUCGAUAGUCGCGUUAGUUCAUUACCUUCAGAUAUUGCGGUACUCAAACAACAAGCACUGGAUCCGACCCAUCAGAACAACCCGCUUUUAGGGCUCCCGAUUGUGGCCAUCGAGGCUAUCCUCAAUUUUUUAUCUUACGAUGAAAUCAGUAUGCUGCGCUCGGUUUGUAAGCGAAUGGAUAUGAUCUGCCAGCGGGUUCUUAAUCAGGGCUUCCUUAAAGUGGAGCGUUAUCACAGCAUGUGUCAGAGGCAAGUCAAAGCUCAACUACCCAGACGAGAGUCUGAACGGAGAAACCAUUCACUGGCUCGACACGCUGACAUACUCGCUGCAGUGGAGACGCGUCUUUCUCUCCUUAACAUGACCUUCAUGAAAUAUGUUGACUCCAAUCUCUGCUGCUUCAUCCCCGGAAAGGUCAUCGAUGAGAUCUACCGCGUGCUUCGAUACGUGAACUCGACCCGAGCUCCGCAGCGAGCUCAUGAGGUUCUUCAAGAAUUGAGGGACAUCUCCUCCAUGGCAAUGGAGUAUUUUGAUGAGAAGAUUGUUCCCAUUCUGAAGAAGAAGUUGCCCGGAGCCGACUUGUCUGGGCGGCUAAUCGGUUCCGCUCCUGUGGCAGGGUCCUCAAGUUCUCUAAGCACCAUGUCUUUGUUGGCCAAGAACGCGCCGUCGCGCUCCGAGUUGACCAAGGUGCAGCAGCAGGUGAAAGUCAACGGCGCAUCGGUGACCGUUUUGCGGAGGGAGAUGCAAGAAAUUCGUGUCAAGCAACUAGAACAGCAGAAACAGCUGCAGGACCAAGAGCAGAAGCUGCAGGAACAGACGCAGGUCAUUGGCGAACAGAACGCCCGCCUGGCCGAACUGGAACACAAACUGCGUGAACUGGUGGACAGUAAUGCUGCUUUGGGAGGAGCCAAGGCCAGAGCGUCUGCAUCUUCCACAUCCAAUGCUGCUGCCGCCGCCGGCGGCGCUUGCGCUCGUCCCGCCGUGGGCUCGGCGGGCGACGGGGCCCGAGCCUCCUCGACCACCGGAGAACUGGCUUGCGACGGAGAGCCGCCACUGAAACGCACCAGAAAAAGCUGCGAGCUUUUAAGAAAAUCCAAACGUUUGUGUCGUAAGAAAUGACCCUUCUUUAAAUCUCGUGCUUCGCUGCUUCUUUUUCAUCUCUCUUGGACUUCUCUCCCUGUGUUAUGUUUUCACGGUAGGUUGAGACCAUGUCAUUUUCAUUGGGUUCUUGUCUCCUUCCUUCUCCAUUCGUGACUCAUCUCUGCUUCACUCCAAAGUUGGGCUAAUGGCAUAUUGGAAUGGGAUUUUGCUUUGAAAAAAUCAGACGUCUCCAAAAUGUGGCAACAUUUGAAAAUCAGCAUGAUUUCUUAGUAAACAGAAUGUUGCUACCAAAGCGAAAUAAAAGCCUAUGUUUUUA